ACAAAAUCAACCGCGUGGAGAGACAAUCUGCAAUCUCUUGAUCAUAGCUCUCUUCCGGACCAUGGCUCGCGAAUUUCUAAGUAGCGACUCGUCCGACAGCGAGGAUGGAGGCGCCGAUGUCCCACCCAGCGCCGAGUUGAAAGUCAAUGAGGCAUAUGCACGCCGCUUCGAACAUAACAAGAAACGAGAGGAACUACAAAGAUUAGAGGAAAAACUCGGCAAAUCCUCCACUUCCCGAAAACGCAAACGCGGCGACAACGACUCUCUCGAUAGUGAUGACGAAGGGGCUGCCUCAGACGAUGACUCGACCAGCGAGUCCGAGGAUGAGGGGGAGUUGGUGACCGAAACUCUUGACUCGGAGAUCAUGGCCACGCUCAAUGCAAUUCGGUCGAAAGAUCCUCGUGUUUACGACCAGUCUGCCACGUUCUAUACCCAUGAUGACGAGGAGGGACAGGCAAUGACGAAGACAAGGAAGGAAAAACCGAUGCACUUGCAAGAUUACCACAGGCAAAAUCUGCUGGAGAGUGGUGCGGGCGAGGAACAGGAAGAUACCGUGCCUCUGACAUACAACCAAGAGCAAGAGCAGCUUAAGAAAUCCAUCAUUGGAGAGAUCAACGCAGCCGCAGAGGACGAGGAUGAGGACGAAGAAGAUGAGGAGGGCAAUGACAAAUUCCUCAUUGCGAAGAAAAAGGAAAAGACAGCCAAAUCCGACGUUGUUUUGGACGUUGAGAGCGCAGACAAAGAUCCUGAAGCUUUCUUGUCAAACUUCAUGGCCUCGAGGGCUUGGGCCGCUCCCGACCCCUCUAGCCUGCACCCUUUUGAUUCCGAUGAUGACGAAGAAGACAGAAGGGCAGACGAAUUCGAGGAGGCAUACAAUCUACGAUUCGAGGAUCCUGAAAAAUCAAACGAGACGCUGCGCUCUCAUGCGAGAGACUUGGCUGCCAAAUAUUCCGUCCGGAGACAAGAGGUGAACCCGCGACAAAAGAAGCGAGAAGCCGAGAAGGCGAAGAAAGAAGCCGAAAAGCAGCAGCGGAAAGAAGAGAAAGCCCGUCUUCGCAAGUUAAAGAUCGAGGAGCUCGAAGAGAAGGUGCGCAGAAUCAAGCGGGCCGCCGGUAUAAAAACCCAAGAUAUGCGGCCUGAGGAUUGGUCGCAUCUGGUUGACGACGAUUGGGAUGACGCCAAAUGGGAGGAAGAAAUGCACAAGCGUUUCGGCGAUGAAUACUACGCGGAGGAAGAACUUCCGAGCGAGGACGAGACAAGCGGAAAAAAGCGGAAACCUCGCAAGCCCAAAUUUGAUGAUGACAUUGACAUCAAGGACAUAGUUCCUGAUUUCGAUGAAGACGAUAAGGCGGACUUUAGUCUGUCUGAUGAAGAAGCUCCUCCGAAGAAGGCGAAGAAAAUCAAGAAGUCGGUCGAAGACAAAAAGCGGGACACAAAGAAAGAACGGCGGAUCAUUGAACAAUUGGUGGCCGAUCAACUACAACUGGAGCUGGAUGCAUCUUUGCCCGACAAGAAGACCGGUGGUUUCACGUACCGUGAGACAUCGCCCAAGAGCUUUGGCCUUAGUGCAAGAGACAUUCUGCUAGCUGACGACAAGCAACUGAAUGAAUUUGUCGGGCUGAAGAAGCUGGCAUCAUUCCGCGACCCAGAGAAGAAGCGCAAGGACUUGAAGAACCUGGGUAAGAAGGCACGGUUAAGGAAGUGGCGAUUGGAGACCUUUGGCAAUGAGGAAGGCCUGCAGGCCAGCAAUCUGAUUCCUGCGCAAUCUGAGGUCGGGCAUGACAGGCCUGAAGAAGACGAAGCUGGAGUCGACAUCAGAACAGAGGGGACGAAGAAAAAGAAGAGAAGGAGGAACAAGAAGUCGAAGACAGAGGUUGAUGCUGUUGUCUGAACAAAAUAUUGUGGAGAUGUCUAUGGAGAACUCGAAUGUCUGGACCUCGGAAGGAAAAGGGGAACACCUAGUCCAGGGUGAGAAGAUGCUCCUCAGCCUUGCCACCAAUUCUAGCGAUGGAUAUAGAUCGGCCUCACAAGCUCUUGGCUGAAUGCCUCAUAUCUCGGUCAUCGAGUUUUAGUAUGCCGUUACCCGCGAGGCUCCGUCUCCGCGAUCCCUUGUUUCAAGUCAAG